AUGGGAGACAUUCCACAAUUUGCAUUCGAUCCAACAACUCCGGUAAAACAAGAAAACUUUUUCCAACGAAUAAUCUCCUCGUUUAAACGAGCACCAGCAAACGAUGAAGGAGCACAGGAGAAACCCACCGAUGCAGCUAUCACUACUGUAUCGAAUGAUGAAAGUAGCUUAAAACGUACAUUAACAGCUCGUCAUUUGCAAAUGAUUGCCAUUGGUGGUUCGAUCGGUACAGGUCUAUUUGUUGGUAGUGGUUCUUCGUUUUCGACCGGUGGUCCGGCAUCAGUUCUCAUUGGAUUUCUCAUGGUCUCAGUCAUGCUUUAUACAGUUGUACAUGCUCUCGGAGAACUAACAGUUAUGUAUCCUGUACAAGGUUCAUUUACUGUAUAUUCUACACGUUUUUUGGAUCCAGCAUGGGGUUUUGCAAUGGGAUGGAAUUAUGCAUUGAGCUGGCUUAUUGUUUUACCAAUUGAAUUAUCCGCAGCUGCGAUUGUAGUUGACUAUUGGAAGAACAGUGUACCUGUAGGAGUCUGGAUCACUAUCUUUUUCGUUCUCAUUAUUAGUAUUAAUUUAUUUGGCGUUAGAGGCUAUGCUGAAGCCGAAUUUCUUUUUGCAUCAAUAAAAGUUCUAGCCAUCGUCGGAUUUAUUAUUCUAGCCAUUGUCAUUGAUGUUGGCGGCACACCUACUCAUCAUUAUUUCGGUGCCGAGACCUGGCAUAAUCCUGGUGCAUUUAACAAUGGGUUUCAUGGUCUAUGUACAGUCUUUGUUAGUGCUGCAUUUUCAUUCAGCGGUACGGAACUCGUCGGCUUGGCUGCGGCUGAAACGGCAAAUCCUCGAAAAACACUGCCACAUGCUACGAAACAAGUUUUUUGGCGCAUGUCUAUGUUUUACAUCAUAAGUCUUUUACUGAUCGGUUUUAUCGUUCCAUAUAACAAUGCUCGUCUAUUGAAUGCCGGCGGUGGUAACGCAGCAUCAGCCAGCCCAUUUGUUAUAGCAAUUGAUUUAGGCGGCGUUAAAGUUUUGCCUGAUAUUUUUAAUGUUGUCAUUUUAACAGCAAUUUUAUCCGCUGGCAAUGCAUCAACCUACGCAUCGUCACGAACGAUUGCAGCAUUAGCUGGUGUUGGACAAGCACCAAAAAUAUGUGGAUAUAUUGAUAGGAAAGGGCGACCGAUGGUGUCAUUACUGGGUUGGAAAUAUCAUGGUCAUAUGUUAGAUGAAAUACCGUUUCGUUCUGGUGCCGGUGUUAUCGGUUCAUGGAUCGGUUUAAUUCUAAACAUUCUUUGUUUAAUUGCCCAGUUUUAUGUUGCUAUUUGGCCCGUUGGUGAUAAUGUCAAACCAAGUGCAAAGGCCUUUUUUAAUGCGUAUUUAGCUGUACCUGUUGUCAUUCUAUUUUAUGCGGUUUAUAAAAUUAUCUACUGGAAAACAACUUCAAUUAUUACAAAUGGAAAAAUGGAUGUGUUAUCAGGACGACGACAAAGUGAUUUAGAUGAAAUUGAAAAGGAAAAGAAUGAAGAGAUGCCCCAUAAAGGAUUUUUUAAACGAAUUUACGAAUUUUGGUGUUAG